AGCCUACACAGAAUGGUGCUGUCUCGUGCCUGGACCCUCAGCAAGCACUUUGAGGGAGCCCCAAAAUUGUCAGACUUCAAAUUGAAGGAGGUGCAAUUACCAAAGAUAAAAAAUGGAGAGGUUUUGGUGGAAGCUGAGUAUUUCAGUGUGGAUCCAUACAUGAGACCAUACAGUAAGAGAGACAUGAAGGAGGGAGAUAUCAUGAUCGGGGCUCAGGUUGGGAGAGUUUUGGAAAGUAAUGAUACUGCUUUCCCAGUUGGCAGUCAUGUUCUUUCAGAUGCUGGUUGGACAACUCAUUCAGUCACUCAAGGCAAAGAUUUGACUCCAUUACUACCAAAUUGGCCUAAGCACAUUCCCAAAUCCCUGGCUCUUGGAACAAUUGGAAUGCCUGGUUUAACAGCAUAUUUUGGCUUAAAAGAGAUCUGCUCUGCAAAAAAGAGUGAAAUAGUUUUGGUCAAUGGAGCUGCUGGGGCUGUUGGAUCAUUAGUUGGCCAAAUCGCAAAAAUCAUUGGUUGUAAGGUGGUUGGCUCUGCUGGCUCCGAUGACAAGGUUCAGUUUCUGAAAGACAUCGGCUUUGAUGAAGCUUUCAACUAUAAGACAGUGGGCUCACUGGAAGAGGCGUUAAAAAAAGCAUCUCCUGAGGGUUAUGACUGUUUCUUUGAGAAUGUUGGAGGACAUUUUGCAGACGUGGCCUUACUUCAGAUGAGAAAAUAUGGAAGAAUUGCUGCUUGUGGAGCUAUUGCCCUGUACAAUGAUACAACACCUAGAAAAGGAGAAUAUGUCCACCUUCCUCUAAUCUUUCAAGAACUGCGAAUGGAAGGCUUUACGGUUCAACGCUGGAGAAACAGAUAUAAUGAGGGUUUGAAGAAACUGAUGGAAUGGGUUGUUGAGGGUAAACUAAAGUACCAUGAGCACAUUACCAGGGGAUUUGACAACAUGCCCGCUGCGUUUAUUGGGAUGCUUAAAGGGGACAACACUGGAAAGGCCAUCAUAACUGCUAAAUAACCAUUUCACGUGACUUGAUUUCUUUUGAAAGUUAAUAAAAUAAAAGGUUUGAAUCAUAA